CCAAAUGAUCUGCAAACUCACAGAUUUUCUCCUCCUUUCACUUUCUCUGAUUACAAAAUGAUCCUACUCUCAAAUAAAAGAAUACCAAUUCAAUUCUUGGCCCUUCAUGUUCUUCUCCUAUUAUCCAUCAAAGCCAAAGCCAAGUGCAAAAGUGGCUGCAACCUUGCCUUUGCUUCAUAUUAUGUAUGGAAAGGUUCAAAUCUGAGUUAUAUUAGCAAAGUCUUUGAUCAACAAAUCUCUGAAAUUCUAAAAUACAACCAUGAUCAAGUCCCAAACCAGAAUACCAUCAUUACCGGUUCCAGAAUCAAUGUACCCUUUUCUUGUGAGUGCUUGAACAAUGAUUUUCUGGGUCAUACUUUCACUUACACUACCCAGCAUGGUGAUACUUAUGACAAAAUUGCUGGAACUGCUUUUGCCAAUCUCACCACAGAGGAUUGGAUCCAAAGAGUCAACAUUUAUAAACCGACCGAGAUGCCAGCUGAUGUUCCUAUCAAUGUUACAGUGAAUUGCUCAUGUGGUGACAGAGAUUUGUCCAAGAGUUUUGGAUUGUUUGCAACUUACCCUCUUCAGCCCCAUGAGAGCUUGUCCUACUUGGCCGAUGAGUCCGGUGUUCCGGCGAAGGUGCUAGAGAUGUACAACCCCGGUUACAAUUUUAGUUCAGGGAAUGGUAUAGUCUUUGUGCCUGCAAGAGAUGAAAACGGCAAAUUUCCACCACUGAAUUCAAGAACAGGAAUUUCACAAGGAGUCAUCGCCGGAAUUUCAGUAGCAGGAGUAUGCGGGACACUUGUUUUGGGAUUGUUCGUAUAUGCUGGUUUUUACAGAAGGAAGAAGCUGGUUGAGGCUUCAUCGCUGCUUCCCAAGGCAUCUGACGACCACUAUAUUCAACUUACACCUGGUUCAGGAAGUACCUUGGAGAAAACUUCAGAUUCAAGUGCUCUUGUUGGUGUUGGUGUUGGUGGUGCUUCUCCUGGUCAUACAGGAAUUACUGUGGACAAAUCCGUCGAAUUCUCGUAUGAAGAGCUUGCUAAGGCUACUAAUGACUUUAGCCUGGCUAAUAAGAUUGGCCAAGGUGGCUUUGGAUCUGUUUAUUAUGCAGAACUUAGAGGAGAGAAAGCAGCGAUAAAGAAGAUGGAUAUGCAAGCAUCAAAAGAAUUUCUUGCUGAGCUGAAGGUCCUAACUCAUGUUCAUCACUUAAAUCUGGUGCGCUUGAUAGGUUAUUGCAUUGAAGGCUCCUUGUUCCUAGUCUAUGAGUACAUUGAGAAUGGCAAUUUGAGUCGAUAUUUGCGUGGCUCAUCAGGGUUGGAGCCAUUGCCAUGGUCUACUAGAGUACAAAUAGCCUUGGAUUCAGCAAGAGGACUUGAAUACAUGCAUGAACACACGGUUCCUGUCUACAUUCAUCGUGAUAUCAAGUCAGCAAAUAUCUUAAUAGAUAAAAACUUCCGUGGAAAGGUUGCAGAUUUUGGGCUAACAAAAUUGACUGAAUAUGGAACUAAUUCGCUGCAUACUCGUCUUGUGGGUACUUUUGGAUACAUGCCUCCAGAGUAUGCUCAAUAUGGUGAUGUUUCCCCCAAAAUAGAUGUAUAUGCCUUCGGAGUUGUCCUCUAUGAACUCAUAUCUGCCAAGGAAGCUGUUGUCAAGACAAAUGAAUAUGUUACCGAGUCCAAGGGACUUGUUGCUUUGUUUGAAGAUAUAGUUAAUCAGCCUGAUCUAAAGGAAGAUCUUAGUAAAAUAGUUGACCCCAGACUUGGCAACAACUAUCCACUAGAUUCAGUCUGUAAGAUGGCACAGCUUGCCAGAGCUUGCACACAAGAAAAUCCUCAGCUGAGGCCAAGCAUGAGAUCCAUUGUGGUUGCACUGCUGACACUUUCAUCUCCUACUGAGGACUGGGAUGUUGGUUCUUUCUAUGAAAAUCGAACCCUACUCAAUCUAAUGUCAGGGAGGUAGCUUUUUUAGCCAUUUACAGAAUCAUAUAUGUAUAAUUGUUUGAAAUGGCCUUUGGCAAAGUGAUCUCAUUGUUCCAAAUCCUGAUAUCCUGCUUUUGUCAUUAUCAUCUUCUGUAAUGUCUGUAAAUAAGAAAUAUGGGUUAAAUUUA